AUGGAAGUGUUAAGCUUCUUUAAGAGGAAGCUCAGGUACUUUCGUCACUCUGCCCUCCUGCAGCUUUCUGCAUCGCUCCUCCUGUUCCCUUCUGUUCCUAAAAGCUUCGUCUCACCGGAAACUCAGAGUAACCUACUCGUCGAUUUAAAGCAGUUUCGCACCAAUUUCAGGUCAAAAACUUCAUAUUCCAUAUCUUCAACUCACGUAUCUUCUCAGAGUUCACAUUUCUAUGGAUGCGAUUGCUGUGGAAGUGUGUUCUCUGCAAAUGGAUUAACCUCAUUGUCUUCUAUGAAGUAUUCAUUUCACCAAUCUUCACUGCUUAUGUCACCUUCUUCCCGUGUUUCCCCUGUUAAGGAUUUGGUUAUGGAUGGGUUUAGGCCACAUGCUACUCCGGAGCAGGUAGCAGAGGUUAUUGGAUUAAUUAGAAGUGGUGCGAAUUUGGACUCCGAGUUGAAUUCAGGGAAAGUAAGUCUAAGGGAAGUUUGUCUAACUGAAAAGGCUUUUAAGUUCUUGCUUGUGAUGAUUUCAAGCGAUGCUUCUGUAAGGAACUCUGUAUGUAAAGUGGUGGAAGUGUUGAAUCAAGUUGGGGGCUCCUGCCGUGUUUCUGGUAUUUCUUCACUGAUUGAGAUGUUUAGCAAAUUGGGGAGAUGUGAGCUUGGAGCAUUGAAAGAUCUGCUGGAUGAGAUGAGGCAAAUAGGUUAUGGCCCAUAUACACAAACUUAUAAUUAUAUAUUUAGCUAUUUAUGUAAGAUGAAGAGAACAGCUGAAGCUUGCAAAUUUCUGGAAGAAAUGCAAGAAAGUGGUUGCUCUCCCAAUGCUCUGACCUUUGAGAUUUUCAUAUUCCACUCAUGUGGGCUUGGCAAGUUGGAUUUGGCGCUUGAGAUUCUUGGUAGAAUGGAAUUGACAGGUAUUGAACCUAGGCUUACAACACAUGCUGCAUUUAUCAAGAGUUAUUUCAACUUGCAGCUAUAUGAGGAGGCUUAUAACUAUGUGGUUUCUUCUAGUGACAAGUAUAAGUGUUCAAGCAAUAUGAUGUACAGCUUACUUGCCAGCCUUUAUCAGAAAAAAGGAAAUCUAUUGAGUGCGCAUCAAGUUCUUCUUGAAAUGAUGAAGAAAGGCCUAAGACCAAACUUUCCUGUGUAUGUGAGAAUUUUUAAGCAUCUCCAGAAGUCAGGCAGGGAGGAGUUAGCGAGAGAUUUAAAGAGCAUGUUUUCUAGUUUAAGCAUGCAGUAA